UUAAAAUUUUAUUUUCUAAUUGAGAGUUCCGGUCUAGAAGAUAUUGAAACAUCAUAAAUGCAUAAACUUAUAUGAUGAUUUUUCUCAGUUUCUCUGCGAUAAUUCUUGUUCAUUUUAAUGGGUUUUGGUGAUAAUUUCAAGCGAAGAAAACAAAAACAAUGAAGAUUGAUGUUUUUUAGAGUUCAAUCCGCUCCUAACCUAAGCCAUUCAUUCAUUGUUAAAAAAUGCAGCAAGAUUUUCACACUCAACGCCCUCUGUUUGGAGGUGCAAUCACUAGCAGUUUCCCUCUUAGAUUUCAGGUUGGAUGUGAGCAAUAUACGCCAAGUUCCUGAUCAUCAGGAAGUAUUUGUGGACCCUAGUCGCGAUGAAAGCUUGAUCUUUGAGCUUUUGGAUUAUAAACAUGAAGUUGGAGAUAAUGGAAGUGCCACUUGGUUUCUUCAAGACCUUGCUAAUGAACAAGAUGCUGAAGGAUGCACGCAGUUUGAGCAGUCAGAAGUAGUUGAGACCCCUGGAUUUCAUUACAGGAAUAUUCCGAGUGUUAUUUCUACCGCUGUGGGACAAAUGAAUAUUUCCAAGGGGCGACAAGGGAGAGAAGCACAAAAUAUCGUUAGAGUUUAUUUGGCAAAUAUACGUCUUAAAGGAGUUGACACAGAUGUGCUAGUGACUGCAUAUGAACCAGUACUAAUAAAUCCUUUGAGUGAAAGUGCUACAACAGUUGGCGCUGGUAUGGCGGUUCCUGCAGCACAAUCUGGCUGCCUGGCCAUGUCUGAGGUCUUUAAACUUGCUGUCUCCACCUUCAAAGUGAUUGACUGGAACCUUUUUAGCAGUGUUUCUGCCUGAGUUUCGUUUGAUGGGAAGCUACACCACAAAUCUCAAGUGUUAUUGUCCUUAAUAUUUUACAUCUCUCUCUGUUUCACAUAAGUGUUAUUAUUCAUAUAAAAACUAUAUAUGUAAUAGGCAUCUAUGAUGGACCCAGCAGAAAAGUUUGGUAAACAGGAAUACAAAUGGAAAAAAAAAAUUCAAAAU